UUCUCCCUGCCUGAGUCCUCACUCUUUCCAGCCGACCCAGCUCCUCAAGAUUAAUGGAGGGUUUUGAAAAUCCCUUGGCAGCGCGUCGGGGAAGGUGUGACACAUGGAAGAUGUUCAUACCUGGAUCCCAUCAUGUCUGCCCAUUCAGAGACUGGAGGGCUUCCUAGGGAGAAGUCGGAACUCUCUCCUGCUGCCUUAUUCUACAGGGGUCUGGCAAGUAGAGGCCUCCACUGGGUCUGGGAUCUCCCUGGGUGCAUGUCCUCCCAGGACUCCUACCCCUUUGCUACACCCCCGCUCAGCUGGCAGCUAACCACAGCCCCUGCACACUCCAGACGGCAAAGGGCUGGAGGGGAAAGCCCACAGAAGAGGCAGGCGGAGCCUCUCUCUGAAUGUGCUGGCUGGAUAAGGAGGGGGCUGCUAGAUGGGACGUCAGAUGCCGUCGCUCCUCAUGGACUGUUAAAAGUGCUGCGCUACCAGGAUAUCUGCAGAAGUCCCUGCCUUCUCAGCCACCUCCUGGGGCUGCCUGUUCUGGGCAGCAGCUCUGCUCGGCAUCAGACAGGUACACGAUCCCAGACAGCUAUGCCUCUUCUGGCCAGCAUCGUGGGCCUGGCAGGCCUUCUCCUCUGGACAGGCCACACAGUGGGGGCCUUAAGGAUGCCCAACACCACAGUGGUCCUGGGCCGACCCAAGAACAUAGCUGUGUGGCCCCUGUCUGGCUUGGGGGUGCCCCGGUACCGCCGGAAACGCCAUAUCUCUGCCGGGGACAUGAGCGCCUUGCUGGAUUAUCACAACCACAUCCGGGCCAGCGUACACCCGCCUGCUGCCAACAUGGAGUAUAUGGUUUGGGAUGAGCAGCUGGCCAGGUCUGCUGAAGCCUGGGCCACUCAGUGCAUCUGGGCCCAUGGACCCUCACAGCUGAUGAAAUACGUGGGCCAGAACCUCUCGAUCCAUUCCGGCCGGUACCGUUCUGUGGUAGAUCUCGUGAAGUCUUGGUCUGAGGAAAAGCGGCAUUACUCAUUCCCAGCUCCGAAGGACUGUGCCCCACACUGCCCUCGGCUCUGCAGGGGUCCUGUUUGCUCCCACUAUACCCAGAUGGUGUGGGCAUCUUCCAGCCGGCUGGGCUGCGCCCUUCACACCUGCAGCAGCAUCCAUGUAUGGGGCAGCACCUGGCAGCAGGCUGUGUACCUGGUCUGCAACUACGCCAUUAAGGGCAACUGGAUUGGGGAGGCGCCCUACAAGACUGGGAAGCCAUGUUCUGCCUGUCCCGCCAGUUACCAAGGCAACUGCAAAAGCAACAUGUGCUUCUCUGGACUCAAAUCCAACAGGCUCCCAUGGAUCUAAACUAACCCAAUGUUUUGGUGUCCCUAGUUGGGCCUGUCCACCCCCCAAAGUUGAGAGGGAGACAGGGGUUGGGCAACCCUACAGUUCUUUAUAAACUCCUUUUCUUAAAUGUCCAGUACAUGCCAAAGGUAUCUCCUCUCCCUUCCUUAGUAAAGUCUUUCUUUUCUAUAAUA